CAAACUUUAAUCGAUCGUAUCAGCUGAACAUCAACGCCGCCGAUUGCUGCCGCAGCUCCGGCCAUCUUUUCAUCGUCAUUCAUUCUUUCUUCUUUUUCGCCGUCGACAUUUCCUUUCCAUCUGCACUUUACACCACUAGGGAAAAUGGAAGAAGAAGAAGAUGAAACCUUAUAUAUUGGUGAUGAAAUUUAUGAGGGACUAGUUGUUUCAUACACUAGAUUGAUAUAGUUUAGAGGAAAUUUUAAGAUAUAGAUUGUUACUGCAAUUCUACCACUGAUUCUAGUUUUUAGAAUCAUUCCAAGCGUGCUUUCGAGGGUGAAGAAGACGAUGAUUUUCCUUCCCGAACUGCUUCUCUUAACGCUGAUGAACUCGACAUCUCGAAACUUGAUUUGCCUUCACAACUUGUUAGUUCGCUCCGUGAGAGGGGGAUUACGCAACUUUUUCCUAUUCAGAAAGCGGUGUUAGUGCCUGCACUUCAAGGUAGAGAUAUCAUUGCUCGUGCAAAGACUGGAACGGGGAAGACACUGGCUUUUGGAAUUCCUAUUAUCAAUGGCCUCGAUAAUGGCGAGGAUUCAGAUAGUUACAGUAACAGAUCUGGGACAUGAGCUCCCAUCUCAAUGCUCUAGCAGAGACAGAAACUGAAGGUGUCCAAGGAGUUGAUGUAGUUCAGUCUCCACUUCAAAAAUUUAAGCACAAAACUGAAGGCUAUGCUAUAGACUGGAGUCCUCUUGUUCCAGGAAGGCUUAUAUCUGGGGAUUGCAAUAAUAGUAUUUAUCUUUGGGAGCCUACGUCUGCUGCAACAUGGAAUAUUGACACAACUGCUUUUACUGGACAUACUGGCAGUGUUGAAGAUCUGCAAUGGAGCCCUACAGAACCUAAUGUUUUUGCUUCUUGUUCUGUGGAUAAAACCAUUGCAAUAUGGGAUACUCGUGGGAGGUCACCAGCUGCGUCUUUUAAAGCACAUAAUGCUGAUGUGAAUGUAUUGUCAUGGAACAGGUUGGCCAGUUGUAUGUUGGCGUCUGGUAGUGAUGAUGGAACCAUAUCUAUUCGUGAUCUCAGAUUGCUUAAGGAAGAGUUAAAGAAGCAUAUGGUAGAGGAGGAAGGCAGCUCACAUGAUUCUCAAGCCACCAAAGAUUCUACAAGCUGGAAGAAUGAUGCUUAUUCAAAGGUUAAAGGACCUGAAAAGAGAGGACGAGUGCGUUGUCUGGGCAAGCUUCCCCGGCAUGCCAGUUCUAGCUCCAAUGCAGAUAAUAGAGUUGCAACAUUAGAGAAUUUGCUUGGAAAUCUAGUUUCUGUUCUUCAAAUGCGGUUUUCUGAAGAUCCACAAGUUAACGAGGUCUUAUGAGCUAUAGCUGAAGAGGUUUGAUUUUGUGUCACCUAUUGACCACAAUUUAGAUUCAAAUAUAUGAAAGUGAAGAUACAAGACCAUUCAAAAUUGUAGAUACAUGAAAGCUGGUGCUUCUGUUGAGUCCUCUUGAAUAUUUUACUUGGUCAUUGAUUAGAUUCAUACAAAAUAGUGGUCUUUCUAGUUAUACUUAUUCAAACAAAAAAUAAGAAAAUGUAGUUGAAAUUCUUUGUUACUAUAUUGAAAUAUUUGAAUUUAAUUGAAAUUGAUAUAAUAGUUUAAUUUUAAUAUUAA